GGUAGGGGAGGUGUGGCCCGGCCCCGCCCCGCCGCAGGACGCGUGCGCUGCGCAGGCGCGGUGCGAGCCGGCACCGGCGCCCGGCGGGUCGCGGAGGGAGAUUGCCUUGGUCCUGCGCCCCUCCGUCCCGCUGCAAUGAGUGGCAAGUCCUUGCUCUUAAAGGUCAUUCUCCUUGGGGAUGGUGGAGUUGGAAAGAGUUCCCUCAUGAACCGGUACGUCACCAACAAGUUUGACUCGCAAGCCUUCCACACCAUUGGGGUGGAGUUCCUAAACCGGGACCUGGAGGUGGAUGGACGUUUUGUGACCCUCCAGAUUUGGGACACCGCGGGACAGGAGAGGUUCAAGAGCCUGCGAACCCCCUUUUACAGGGGAGCAGACUGCUGCCUGCUGACCUUCAGUGUGGAUGACCGGCAGAGCUUUGAGAACCUCAGUAACUGGCAGAAGGAGUUUAUCUAUUAUGCUGACGUGAAGGACCCUGAACACUUUCCAUUCGUAGUCCUGGGCAACAAGAUAGACAAAGUUGAGAGACAAGUGAGCACAGAGGAGGCCCAGGCCUGGUGCAUGGAGAACGGUAACUAUCCGUACCUGGAGACUAGUGCCAAGGAUGACACCAAUGUGGCAGUGGCCUUUGAGGAGGCUGUGCGACAAGUGCUGGCGGUGGAGGAGCAGCUGGAGCACUGCAUGCUGGGCCACACCAUUGACCUGCACUCCAGCUCCAAAUCGGGGUCUUCCUGUUGUUAGGAGAGGCUGCUGCUUUGGGAACAUCGCUUGAGCCAGCGGCUGGAUUGGAACAAGCACGGGCACCUCUGGGGCACUCUGAGGAGCAUGGCCACAAGGACAAUAGGUGGUUUGCUCCCUCGGGAGUUGCAGCCUCACCAUCCGAGUUCUGGCUGGAGUUUUUGGGCACAGAGCAUGUAUCUGCAGGAGGGAGCUGUUAAAGAGCAUGUGAAUGGUAGUCCUGCUUCCAUCUCUGCCUGUUGUAGCAGGUUUAAAGGACUGGGUUAAAGUCCUUUAAAUUCACUAAAGACAACAGUGAUCUGAUCUGUACCAAGGACUGCCUGCAGAACGCUGCUGAGAGCGCCCUAGACAGUCUGUGAGUAUUUUAGUCCUGAAUUCAAACAAAUACUAGACCCACUAAACACAUGACCUUACUGCCAAAGGAAUGUCUGCUCAGCAUACUGAAUGAAACCUGCUGUAGAGACUGUAGCCCAUGUAACUGUGAGAAUGCCAAAUACCAGAGUGGCUGAGAUGAGUGUAUCUGUUGUCUGGGAUAAGUGCGUUUUGUCCCAAGACUGACUUGUCCUGGGAGUUGUUACAGCUCUGAUGUGAAACAACACAUGAAGAAGGGAUGGACCUGUGUUUGAAUGUGGCAGCAUCGCUUCUUCGUAGCUGCCUAUUCCUGAUCUGUUUUUUCCACACCUCUAACUCUGUCUUGUGUGAGUGUUCUCUUGUGGAGAGACUGCUUCUUGUUUAAUAUAUGUUUCCUUGUCUCUUGUGGAGGCCUAACACUGGAUAUUGCUUUUUGUACCUUGAAGCCCUGGAUGAAAAAUACUGAUGUGGACAUCGCUGGGUCAUGUCAGAGGGUUUAGAGUUACUCAAGAGUUCAGGAGAUCUGGAGCGUGAAACUUCAGCUGUUUUCUGUCACAAGUGAUCACUGUGCCCAGAUGUUAUGCUCUAGCACAGUGGAUGGAGGUGGGAUAUCUCUGGGGUGUGCAGGUAGCUGAGGGAGUCAUGCAUGCUCAGCUGCUAAACCCGCUCUGUGUCCAGGGCUGGGACCACUGUACUUUGUUAGCUGGUGGGUCAGCAUCUUCAGUUGCUUUAGCACGGAUGCUCCCAUCUGGGUGCUGCAACUUAGAACUGUUCACUUUGUUACCUGUUGUCAGGUGCAGUGCUACUGAGCACAGUUAACGCAUAGCCUUGUCCUGGCCCUUACUCCUUACACAGGGAAUCUGUAUGUUUUAUCUGUAAUUCAUAUAACAGACCUUAUUUGUAGAGGAUGUCCACUUGGUUAACUGGCCUUUGUUAAUGGCCACAGCAUCAGUUCCACCUCUGUUCAAGGUGUCUGGAAAGUGGUAUGGGGGGGGCAAGGAACCUUCUAGAAAAGGACAUCAGGCUUCACUGAUCCUGAUUCCUGCCCCCUGCUAGGUGUUAGUCCCAAGCUAUCUGUGUAGCAAAGAGAUGAAUGCUUGCUGACUGCUGUCUUUACCAUUAAAACCUCAUGUCUUGCAA